AUGGAGGCCGUGGAGACCCGGGAACGGCCCACCUUCGGAGCCUGGGACUACGGGGUCUUUGCCCUCAUGCUUCUGGUGUCCACCGGCAUCGGGUUGUGGGUCGGGCUGGCUCGGGGCGGGCAGCGCAGCGCUGAGGACUUCUUCACCGGGGGCCGGCGCCUGGCGGCCCUGCCCGUGGGCCUGUCGCUGUCUGCCAGCUUCAUGUCGGCCGUGCAGGUGCUGGGCGUGCCGUCGGAGGCCUAUCGCUAUGGCCUCAAGUUCCUCUGGAUGUGCCUAGGCCAGCUUCUGAACUCGGUCCUCACCGCCCUGCUCUUCAUGCCCGUCUUCUACCGCCUGGGGCUCACCAGCACCUACGAGUACCUGGAGAUGCGCUUCAGCCGCGCAGUGAGGCUCUGCGGGACUUUGCAGUACAUUGUAGCCACGAUGCUGUACACCGGCAUCGUAAUCUACGCACCGGCCCUCAUCCUGAACCAAGUGAUCGGGCUGGACAUCUGGGCGUCGCUCCUGUCCACCGGAAUUAUCUGCACCUUCUACACGGCUGUGGGCGGCAUGAAGGCUGUGGUCUGGACUGAUGUGUUCCAGGUCGUGGUGAUGCUAAGUGGCUUCUGGGUUGUCCUGGCACGUGGUGUCAUGCUUGUAGGCGGGCCCCGCCAGGUGCUCACGCUGGCCCAGAACCACUCCCGGAUCAACCUGAUGGACUUUAACCCUGACCCAAGGAGCCGCUAUACAUUCUGGACUUUUGUGGUGGGUGGCACGUUGGUGUGGCUCUCCAUGUAUGGCGUGAACCAGGCGCAGGUGCAGCGCUACGUGGCUUGCCGCACAGAGAAGCAGGCCAAGCUGGCCCUGCUCAUCAACCAGGUGGGCCUGUUCCUGAUCGUGUCCAGCGCUGCCUGCUGUGGCAUCGUCAUGUUUGUGUUCUACACUGACUGCGACCCUCUCCUCCUGGGGCGCAUCUCUGCCCCAGACCAGUACAUGCCUCUGCUGGUGCUGGACAUCUUCGAAGAUCUGCCUGGAGUCCCCGGGCUUUUCCUGGCCUGUGCUUACAGUGGCACCCUCAGCACAGCGUCCACCAGCAUCAAUGCCAUGGCUGCAGUCACUGUAGAAGACCUCAUCAAACCUCGGCUGCGGAGCCUGGCACCCAGGAAACUCGUGAUUAUCUCCAAGGGGCUCUCACUCAUCUACGGAUCGGCCUGUCUCACCGUGGCAGCUCUGUCCUCACUACUCGGAGGAGGUGUCCUCCAGGGCUCCUUCACCGUCAUGGGAGUCAUCAGCGGCCCCCUCCUGGGAGCCUUCAUCUUAGGAAUGUUCCUGCCGGCCUGCAACACCCCGGGCGUCCUCUCGGGACUGGGCGCGGGCUUGGCGCUGUCGCUGUGGGUGGCCUUGGGCGCCACGCUGUACCCACCCAGCGAGCAGACCAUGAGGGUCCUGCCGUCGUCGGCUGCCCGCUGCGUGGCUCUCUCAGUCAACGCCUCUGGCCUCCUGGACCCGGCUCUCCUCCCUGCUAACGACUCUAGCAGGGCCCCCAGCUCAGGAAUGGACGCCAGCCGACCCGCCUUAGCUGACAGUUUCUACGCCAUCUCCUAUCUCUAUUACGGUGCCCUGGGCACGCUGACCACUGUGCUGUGCGGAGCCCUCAUCAGCUGCCUGACAGGCCCCACUAAGCGCAGCACCCUGGCCCCGGGAUUGUUGUGGUGGGACCUCGCACGGCAGACAGCAUCAGUGGCCCCCAAGGAAGAAGUGGCCAUCCUGGAUGACAACUUGGUCAAGGGUCCUGAAGAACUCCCCGCUGGAAGCAAGAAGCCCCCUGGCUUCCUGCCCACCAGUGAGGACCGUCUGUUUUUCUUGGGGCAGAAGGAGCUGGAGGGGGCUGGCUCCUGGACCCCCUGUGGUGGACAUGAUGGUGGUCGAGACCAGCGGGAGACAAACCUCUGAGGACAGGGCCAGCCGUGGGACUGACACCCUGGGAUGGAACCUCAGGAUGGGCCAAACCCAGACCAUGGGCCCAUGGCCUUAGGCUCCGAUUGGCUGGAUUGCCUUGUAUGCAAAUGAGUUCAGGACUACAAUACCCUACCCUAUGGGGAGGCCCUGCCUCCGGGAGGUCAUUUUUUAAAUCCAGCCCCUUGCUUCAACCGUCCCUGGUAUUAGAUGCUGCAGCCCCGACGGCUCCCCCAAAAUAAGGCUGGGUUUUUCUCUCUCUAAUUUUUUUUUUUUUUUUUUUUUGAGACAGAGUCGUGCUCUGUCACCCAGGCUGGAGUGCAGUGGUGUGAUCUUGGCUCACUGCAACCUCUACCUCCCAGGCUCAAGCGAUUCUCCUGCCUCAGCCUCUGGAGUAGCUGGGAUUAUAGGUGCCCAUCACCAUGCCCAGCUAACUUUUUGUAUUUUUAAUAGAGAUGGGGUUUCCACCAUGUUGGUCAGGCUGGUCUCGAACUCCUGACCUCAAGUGAUCCACCCGCCUCGGCCUCCCAAAGUGCUGGGAUUACAGGCAUGAGCCACCAUGCCUGGCCUACUGUUUUUCUCAAUCUAUAAUAGAAACAUGUUGGAAUCCCCUCUGGACAACAUAGGAAACUCCCAGAUCUAACAUCAGGAUCUGAGAAAGACCCCAGCUCUUACCUGAAACGUGUUUAACCUUAUUAUCAUUUUUGAGACAGAGUUUAGCUCUUGUCGCCCAGGCUGGAGUACAAUGGUGUGAUCUUGACUCACUGCAACCUCUGCCUCCCGGGUUUAAGCAAUUCUCCUGCCUCAGCCUCCCAAGUAGCUGGGAUUAUAGGCGCCCGCCCCCACACCCACCUAAUUUUUGUAUUUUUAGUAGAGACGGGGUUUCAUCAUAUUAGUCAGGCUGGUCUCGAACUCCUGACCUCAGGUGAUCCACCCGCUUUGGCCUCCCAAAGUGCUAGGAUUACAGGUGUGAGCCACCACGCCCAGCCAGAGCCACUGUGCCUGGCCUGUGUUUAAACCUUAGCAAGCAUUUUGGAGGUCUUCAGGCCCAACUUCCUGUGCCUCAUUUCACAGGCAGAGAAACUGAGGCCGGGAGAGGAGGGCAAUGGCUUGGCCAAGGACACAAUAGCAAUCCAGGCAUUUACCAAGAGUUGAACACCAACUCUUUCUCCUUUCUUUGUUCUUUCUUUUAUUUUCUGUUUUUGAGACAGAGUCUCUCUCUGUCACCCAGCCUGGGUGCAGUGGCACAAUCUCCGCUCAUUGCAACCUCUGCCUCGUGGGUUCAAGUGAUUCUCCUGCCUCAGCAACCUGAGUACCUGGGAUUACAGUGAGCGCCACCACGCCUGGGUAGUUUUUGUAAUUUUGUAUUUUUGUAGAGAUGGGGUUUUGCCAUGUUGGCCAGGCUGGUCUCGAACUCCUGAUCUCAGGUGAUCCUCCUGCCUUGGCCUCCCAAAGGGCUGGGAUUACAGGGGUGAGCCACCGUGCCCCACCUCUUUCUUCUUUAUUUUCUUCCUGGGUUUGGGGAGGGGAUGAUUCAGACCCCACAUGGCCUCCAACCUUGGCCCACACACCUGCCAUGGCUCCCAUCACCCUGAGCCUGCUAGCGUCCCCUCCUCACCUGACAAUAGAGGCUCUGAAAUUGGGUUGUGUCCCCCCAAAACUUAUGUCCACCCAGAACCUCAGAACAUGAGCUUACUUGGAAAUAGGGUCUUUGCAGGUGUAACUGGUUAAAUUAAAAGAGUUAUUACUGGAGGAGGAUGGAUGAAUCCAGUGACUGGUUCCUCAUAUGAAGUAGAGAAGAGAUGCAGAGAAACACAUGGGGAAGAUGCCACGUGGAGACAGAGGCAGAGGUUAGAUCAAUGCGUCUACGAGUCAGAGGACCCAAGGAUUGCCAGCAACAACCAGAAAUCAGGAGGGGGGCAUGAGAUGUGUUAUUUCUUAGAGCCUUUAGAGGGAACAUGGCCCUGCUGACACAUUGAUGUCAGACUUCUGGCUGCUAGAACUGUCAGAGAAUAAAUUUCUGUUGUUU